CACGGCUGGAGUGGCCCAGGGACGGCCCAAGGGCAGUGCUGGGGUGCGCGGGAAUGGCCUGAGGGGCGCCCCAAGCAUUGAAAACCGGCCCGAGAGUGACCGAAAGGGCGAUCCAAGGGUGGCCCCGCCAGGAGCGCCCCUUGGGGACAACAGGCUUGGCGAAGACGCCCCAGGCUGGUGACAGCCCGGGCCAGUGUCUGCCUGGGCAGGGGACAUGGCGGGGGGCGCGGGGCUGGCCAAGCGCCUGGGGACCCUCCUGUCAGGGCUGCUGGAGUGCGGCGCCUUCUGCGGCAUCAUCUUCGGCUGGGCCUCCCUCGUCUUCGUCCUCAAGGACCUGGGCUACUUCGAGGGGCUGUGCCAGCCCUCCGCCAGCCCCAACCUCACCCUGGGGUCUGACUGCAGCGGGCAGGAUGAGCAGUUCUCCCUGGUCUUCACCAUCGGCUCCUUCAUGAACAACUUCAUGACCUUCCCCAUGGGCGUCGUCUUCGACCGCUUCGGCACCACGGCUGCGCGCCUCGUCGCCAUCUCCCUCUACACUGGCGGGACCCUGCUCGUCGCCUUCUCCACCCCAGAGCUGGCGGAGCUGCUCUUCCCGGCCAUGUCCAUGCUGUCGGUGGGUGGCAUCCUCCUCAUCCUCACCAACAUGCAGGUGGGGAACCUGUUCGGGAACUACCGCUCCAUCAUCAUCACCCUCUACAACGGGGCCUUCGACUCCUCCUCCGCCAUCUUCCUCAUCGUCAAGCUGCUGUACGAGCGCGGGCUGUCCCUGCGGGCCAUGUUCCUCUUCCUGGCAGCCUGCAGCGCCUGGCACCUCCUGCGCACCCUCUUCCUGAUGCCGCGCUCCCGCAUCCCCUACCCGCUGCCCCCCGACUACGACUACGGGCUGCAGUGCCGGGGGCGCUCCCGCUCCUACCGAACCCACAAGGACAAGCAGCCCCCGGGAGAGGCUGGACCCGAGGAGACACCGCUGGAACCCCCCGUGGCUCGAGGUGGGGACGCCGCCGGGACGCCGUUCCGGGCCUGCGCCUGCUCCUGGCUCUUUGCCUGGCACGUGGCCUGGCUCUCGGUGAUGCAGCUGCGCCACUACCUGUUCAUCGGCACCCUCAACCCGCAGCUCGAGCACCUGGCGCGCGGGGACCACGCACUGGUGAGCACCUACACCAACGCCUUCGCCUUCACCCAGCUCUUCGGGGUGCUCUGUGCCCCCUGGAACGGCCUCAUCCUCGACCGGCACAAGCGGAAAAAGGGCCCCCGCCCUGAGGGGCUCCUGGCCGCGCUGGCAGACCUGCGGUCGGCGGUGCUGUCGCUGGUGGUGACGGUGGCACUGUGCCUGCUGUUCUCCGUGUUGGCCGCCGUGCCCGCCCUGCCCGCCCAGUUUGGCACCUUCGUGCUGCAGGUCAUCAGCCGCUCCUUCCUGUACGGCGGCAACGCCGCCUUCCUGGCCAUCGCGUUCCCCCCGCAGCACUUUGGGAAGCUCUACGGGCUGGCCAUGGCACUGUCGGCGCUGGUGGCCCUGCUGCAGUACCCCUGUGUCGCCCUGGUGCAGGGGCCGCUCCAGGGGGACCCCUUCUAUAUGAACUUGGGGCUCAUCGCCGUGGUGCUGGUGGCCUUUGUCAGCCCCGUGGUGGUGGCCCGCGAGUGCCAGCGGCGAGCCAAGGAGCUGGGCAUGGCUGGCACCCCCCUGGCAGCCCCCCCCAGCACUGAGAUCCACGCCGAGACCCCGCACUGAGCCCCACACCCAGCACACCAUUUUUGUACCAGCCUGGGGUGCUGUGCCAGUGGGGUGGGGAUAAUAAACAUCGCUGCCCCCUCUGC